AAAAAGUAUCUAUUCUUUCGUUGAGUUGAAUUAGGGUUUCUGAUUCAGUGCCCGUCUUAAAACCCUCACAACACCUCCAGUCGCUCACUCUCUUUCUCUCUCCUUAAAUUUUUGUGCUCGGAAGCCCUCCGACGAUUAUUUACUUCUCGUUCUGCUUAAUUGAGCAACCAUGGUUAGAAUUAGUGUAUUGAAUGAUGCUCUUAAGACUAUGUACAAUGCUGAGAAGCGUGGCAAGCGCCAAGUUCUCAUCAGGCCCUCAUCUAAAGUCAUCAUCAAGUUUCUUCUUGUCAUGCAAAAGCAUGGUUACAUUGGUGAGUUCGAGUAUGUUGAUGAUCACAGGUCUGGCAAGAUCGUCGUUGAAUUGAAUGGAAGGCUAAACAAAUGUGGCGUCAUCAGUCCCCGUUUUGAUGUGGGUGUCAAGGAGAUUGAGUCAUGGACUGCUAGACUUCUUCCAUCUAGACAGUUUGGAUACAUUGUGCUGACUACAUCUGCUGGUAUCAUGGAUCAUGAAGAGGCAAGAAGAAAGAAUGUUGGAGGCAAAGUUCUUGGGUUCUUCUAUUAGGUCAUUUCUUGCAUGCUGUGAUGUUUUAAGUUAUAGAUUAAAACGGGAGUUAUUUUGUAGUGAUAUCGUGGAACAUAGGAAUUAAGGCUUAGGUUUGGUUUUAAUUUCAGGUCCAUGUAGGUACUGUUUGCAAUUUCGUUAUCAAGUCUUGUUGUGGUUGGAUUCAAUUUUUUUUUUUUUUUUUCUGAAUAUUGUUUACCUUCAUUCUUUGCCAA